GCGCAUGCGCAGCUGAAACGCACGGGGAGGGGCUUGGCGAAGUGAUGGCGGGAGGACGCUACUUGCUGCUGUUGGCGCAGGAGCACCUGGACUUCCGGCUGGCGGAAAUAAAGUCUUUGCUUUCUCUUUGUGGUGGACGAUUCAGCAAUCAGCAAGAAAUUCAUGUAAAUUCUCCGUUUUGGAUUCUUGAUAUUUCUUCAGAAGAAAUGACUAGAGAACUAAUGAAACGGACAGUAUGUGCAAAGUCUAUAUUUGAACUGUGGGGUCAUGGAAAAUCUGCAGAGGAGCUGUAUACAUCUCUGAAGAACUACCCGGUAGAAAGAAUGCUUCCAUAUCUACAGUCAGAUUCUACGUACAAAAUAGGUAUUCAUACUUUUAACAAAACACUGACGCAAGUGGAGAAAAUAAGAAAGAUAGAUGCUUUAGAAUUUUUACCAUUUGGUGGGAAAGUGAACUUAAAGAAGCCAGAACAUGUGUUCUGGAUUUUGGAAGAUUAUGGAAUGGAUCCAAACAACAUUCCAGAGGACCCUCUGCAUUUGUAUUUUGGUAGAUGGAUUGCUGAUGGCCAAAGGGAGCUUAUUGAAUCGUACAGUGUAAAAAGAAGACAUUUUAUUGGGAACACGAGCAUGGAUGCCUGCUUAUCUUUCAUUAUGGCAAACCAUGCAAGAGUAAAAGCAAAUGAUGUUGUGUUUGAUCCAUUUGUGGGAACAGGUGGCCUCCUUAUAUCAGCAGCACAUUUUGGAGCAUAUGUAUAUGGUACAGAUAUAGACUAUAACACAAUUCAUGGAUUAGGCAAGGCUAGCAGAAAGAACCAGAAAUGGAGAGGACCAGAUGAAAAUAUCAGAGCCAACCUCCGGCAGUAUGGUUUAGAGAAGUACUACCUUGAUGCUCUGGUGUCUGAUGCAUCAACACCUAUAUGGAGGAAGGGGAUGCUGUUUGAUGCAGUAAUUACUGAUCCACCGUAUGGCAUCCGAGAGGCAACUAGAAGAACUGGAUCCCAAAAAGAAAUCUCUAAAUCAACAGAAAAAAGCACAGAAAAUCACGUCUUCGUUUCCUCCAACUACCAUUUGAGUGAUAUCUUUUUUGACCUGUUAAAGUUUUCAGCAGAAUACCUGGUGAUGGGAGGAAGAUUAGUUUACUGGCUGCCGAUAUACAGACCUGAAUAUACAGAAGAGAUUAUACCCCAGCAUCCAUGCCUGAAACUUAUUAGCAACUGUGAGCAGAUGCUUUCCAGUCACACGUCAAGACGCUUGCUAACCAUGGAAAAGGUGAAAGAAUUUAAGGACCAAGAUCAGUAUUCUCACUUGCUGGACAGUCAGUACAUGCCAUACAAGGGGCACAAUUCUUUUCGUGACAAGUACUUCAGUGGUGUGACAAAGAGGAUUGCCAAGGAAGAAGAUGACAACCAGAAGUAACAAAAUAAACAGAUUAAAAUGAGGAAAGAAUGAAGACUUUAUUUCUUUGUAAAGACAUCUGGACAUUAACAUUCAUCUGUUUCAGAAAGAAAAUACUGCUUUUAAUAUAAAAACAAAAUGAAAACCACAACAUAAGAACAGUUCUUUUUAAUUACCUUUGUUUAUAGCAGAUUUUAUUGUACAAGGUUUUUGAGACUUAUUUAAUUUAUAUUUGUACUUUCAAGUACUAAUGAUGAUUGACUAAAACCAUUAUUAUUAUUCUUUUACUAUUAACUUUUGCAAAAAGUAGUAGUAUUGUUUGGCUUCUUAAACUGUGAACAUCUGGACUUUUUAGAAACACAUAAUGGUGAUCAAGGAUCACUUAUUAGGAAGAUCGUUUUAAUUUUAGGGUUUUUUUUAAAAUAAUACACAAUAAAACCAGCAA